GCAGUCCAGUCCAGUCUACUUAACAGCAGCAGGUCGAAACACGACACACAACGGUGGUGCUGUUGGGUGUAGUUUUAUGGCUGUCGCCUCGCUGCGGAUUUUUUAAUUUUGAAAAGCAUUUGACACGUUGAAGAAAAUAUUCCGUACGUGCAGAGGCUGGUUAAAGGUAACAAAUGUCGCGAUUUCGUAACGUAACUAACACGGCUGGUCACGCGGCUAACUUUUUAAUGAAGUGUCGAUGUGAAGAGGGGAUUUGAACGACUCAGCGACGGUCAAAACGGCGUAUAAGAUUUUGCAUUUUUGCUUUUACGAACAGCCGCACGGUUUUACAUGGAGCCACUACUUUUCGACGUUGCAGCGAAGUGUGAUUGCACAUCCAGCAACGUCCGCUAAAGCUAGCAGCUACGUAAGCUAGGUAGGUGUUAGCCGCCAGCCCCUCGGUACAGUACAGUAGUUAACCGCACACAUCCGCACAACUUUGUCAAUGCAAUAGGCUUAGCUGCACAUUUAGACAAAAAAAUCCAGCUAAAAAGUCCACUACUGUGUUUUUAUAUGUGAGUGACUUUUUGGGUGAACUAAAGGGCUAUGUCGAGUUGUGCUUUUGUGCUCGGCGUGUCGAAGAUUACUCCUAGAAAACGAAAAUCCGCCCAUAAGAUGCAUCGUCUGUAAACAGCCUAAACCCCUCCACCGACGCGCAAUGUCGGACCACGCUAAGUGAACAGUCGCGGUUUUGACAGAAAACGGAGCUUCAAGUCGCGCAGGUUGCUCCACAUUUUUUGUGCUGAUGCGAACGUACAGAGGAGUUGUUCUUUUUUUCAUCUGACGAGGAAGGGAUACGGGCAAAUUGUCCUCAAGCAUAUUUUUUGUCGGCUUCUUGCAUCAAAAUGUCGGCCAUCUCUGCAUUCGAGAAAGUGGACGGAUUUACGCGAAAGUCCGUGUGGAAGGCCCAGAAACAGAGAAAAUCGCCGAGCUCGUCUCAAUACAGGACCCCAGUCGCCCCGGUGGAGCUUUCGUCUCUGCCCCAGCUAAAAGACGCUCCCUCCACUGAGCAGCAGGAACUUUUCACCCAGAAACUCCAGCAGUGCUGCGUGCUCUUUGACUUCCUGGACUCUGUGACGAACCUGAAGAGCAAGGAGAUCAAGAGGGCCACGCUGAAUGAGCUGGUGGACUAUGUGUCCACCAACAGAGGAGUGCUCGUGGAGUCUGCGUACCCUGACAUCACAAACAUGAUCAGCACUAACAUAUUCCGCACACUUGCACCGAGUGACAACCCGGAUUUUGACCCAGAAGAGGAUGAACCCACUCUUGAAGCUUCAUGGCCUCAUAUCCAACUAGUCUAUGAGUUCCUACUGCGCUUUCUUGAGAAUCCGGACUUCCAGCCCAGUAUUGCAAAGCGCUACAUCGAUCAGAAGUUUGUACUCCAGCUUCUGGAGCUGUUUGACAGUGAAGAUCCAAGGGAGAGGGAAUUCCUGAAGACCAUCUUGCACCGGAUUUAUGGAAAGUUCCUGGGGCUACGGGCCUUCAUCCGGAAGCAGAUUAACAACAUCUUCUUGCGGUUCAUCUACGAGACUGAACAUUUCAACGGAGUUGCUGAACUACUCGAAAUUCUGGGAAGCAUCAUCAAUGGCUUUGCACUGCCUUUGAAGGCGGAGCACAAACAGUUUCUGAUGAAGGUGCUCAUCCCCUUACAUACAGCGAAGGGACUGGCCCUCUUUCACGCACAGCUGGCCUACUGUGUGGUCCAGUUCCUGGAAAAGGAUCCCACUCUCACUGAACCGGUGAUCCGAGGCCUGCUGAAAUUUUGGCCCAAGACGUGCAGCCAGAAAGAGGUCAUGUUCCUGGGUGAGAUUGAGGAGAUUUUGGAUGUCAUUGAGCCUACACAGUUCAAGAAAAUCCAGGAGCCGUUAUUCAAGCAGAUUUCCAAAUGUGUGGCCAAUCCCCACUUUCAGGUAGCGGAGCGAGCGCUGUACUUUUGGAAUAACGAGUACAUUCUCAGCCUCAUCGAGGAGAACAUUGACAAGAUCCUCCCCAUCAUGUUUGGUAGCCUCUACCGAAUGUCCAAAGAGCACUGGAAUCAGACCAUUGUAUCUCUGGUCUACAAUGUGCUGAAGACACUGAUGGAGAUGAACUGUAGUCUGUUUGACGAGUUGACCUCCUCCUAUAAGUCAGACCGGCAACGGGAGAAGAAGAAGGAGCAAGAGCGUGACGAGCUCUGGAGGAAGCUGGAGGAGUUGAGGCUCAUUAACGCCACGCUUGAACAGAACAACAGCCACAAGCUCCUCGGUGUCCAGAACAACAACAAGAAUAGCAAUAAUAACAACCAGGACAAGGCCGCCAAGGCUGUUGACAAAGAUUACGGCGGCCACUGAGAAAGAGAGAGCUACCCACGUGCCAAAAACACACUGUAGUCCUGCUUUUAACAAUCUGGUUGGUGCCGUCUCCACCACUGUCAGAGGAUGAACAAAGAUGGGAGACAAGCUACACCUCACUUUAUAGAACGUUUUUGAGUGACUUCAAACGCCUCACGGAAAACAAAGUUUGAUGUUAGUGCGCGGCAGCAGCAGUAUGUUGUUGUUUUGUCUGCUCUUGUCGUAUUCAAUGUACAUGUUUUGUGGUUUGAGAAAAUAACGACUUGAAUUCAGCAUUUCAGAUUGUUUCUGCGACAAGCUGAAUAGCUCAACAAAGAUGUCUACUUUAUAUUGUUCUGCGUCGUCGCUGCCAAGUGCGGUAAGUGCAUUGUGGGAGUAGUUGAAGCAGACGGGACCAGACUUAACUCUUGAAACAUGUACAGAACAGAGAUGGAUGGAACAAUCGGCAUCAAUAUACCAAUCUGAUAUAUGUGUAAGACUGUCCAGUGGGGGUGUUAAAGUGGAGUUAAAUCAUCUUCACAUUUAGUUUUACAUUUCAGGUAUUUUAUUUUUUUCAAUCUAUGUGCAACCAUGUGAGCGGCGCAGCAGCUUUUAUUACAAGUAUUUACACUGAAGUAUUGACACAGGGCUUUCCAAUUGUUGUUUAGGGGAUGCCGUGAUGCUGCUGUCUUUCAGUGGAAUAUAAUGUACUAGCUGUUAGCUUAGCAUGAAGCCUGGAAACAUUCAUUUUGGUGAACUUAACGGUAUACACUAGGGUUGUCACAAGAUCCCACAAGGUUAAAACAUGACAAGAUUUCUCGUUCAGAAAAAAAAACUUGUCUUGUGGGCACGGGGCCUGUGACAAAAAUAAAAAAAUUUAUUAAUUGCACAAUUUUGCCAGUCUCAAUAUAUUGCCAUAUGUAUGCGUGUCUGUUGCCCUUGUUUCUCCCGCCUCCAAACAAGCAGUGAGAGAGUUCACUGAAUUAAUUCCAUAGAACAACAGCAUAAAUGGAGUGAGCCCUUUUUGUCAGUCAUACAGUCUCUCUGUCUCGGUGGGUGGAGGCGGGGCCGUUAGCAUGCACACAGUGCAGAAGAGUGUAAAGUAGUUUAAAGUUUGUUGAUUGCAAUAUAUUUUGUAAUUGUACUUUCCUUAAAAGUUAUGUUAAAAUCUAGUCCUGUCUCAUUCUCGUAGACCCAAUCGCAUGUAUCGUCUCGCCUUGUAAACUCAGUGUCUCAUGACACCCCUAUUAUACACACAUGAGCUUUCCCCUGUUUCCAGCCUUCAUGCAAAGAGUCACUCCGCGGCAUACAAGUGUGGGAUGUAUUUCCAUCACGUCUAACUCCAGUGAGGGAAGUAGAGUAUUUUUUUUUACUUAAAAUUAUUUCUGUAAAAAAAAAAAAAAAAAAAAAAAAGGAAGCAAAAACAAGACGUACAGGACUAUAUUUUUCCAAAGUGAAUAUUUUUUUGUUGAGUUUAUUUUGCAAAUGGACUAAGAUGGGAUGCCAGGUAUGGGCUUGAUUGUACAGUAUAUUUGUGGAGUGGUCGUAUAUGUAAGCUAGAUGGGAGGUGACUUUAUUAAAAGGACGGCGCCACUCUUAUUUAAAGGGGACCUGUAUGACAUCGUCGGUUUAAAUGUGUUGAUGUUAAUGUACAGUAACAUACAGGUCGUCGCUGUGAGCGAUACGUUUAUAUUCAGCUGUCAUGUCAAGCCAAUGAUAGUUUGUCAUGUUAUCAUGUAUAGGGAUGCUGCCCACUGGCUUUUUAGGGAGGGAGAGCCUUUAAGAUGUUCAACUAAACCUGAAAGGCUCAAUUCAUUAAUAUAUAUUCUAUAUUAAGAGCUUAUUCGUCAUCUUUCUUCUUCACAGUAUUGCUGUAAUUGUGCAGGAACAGGUCAAAAAGACAUUUUAUUUUCCGCAUUUCCCUCACUUUAAGGUGUGUUAUGAAGUAGCAAAAUAAGAAAAUAAACGUCACAAACUCCUACCUGAAGUCAAAUUUACUGCCUGUUCCUGCUCACACUCUUUACCUCCAGUCCUAAUAACCUCAGACUAGUUUUCAUCGGGAACCGUUCCAUCUUCUACUCAUCCUUAUAGGAAUGUUGUAUUCUUUUUAGUUCCGCUUUCUCUGAUGCCUUUCUGUCAGUACAGCAUUCCAACGUCUAUGUUGGGGGGG